CUUAGCAAUGCACAGAAGUUGUGUUCCCCCCUGAUCACCGGGGAGGGACUGAGCGUCUGGCACCUGAGCUCCCUGCUACACAAUCGCAGGCGCAGCACAUCCUAACGGGCUUUGCUGGACACGGCCCCUGUCGCUGCCACACGCAGCAGUACAAGCCAUAACGGGCAGCUGCCUGUGCGACCCCGGGGGGACUGCGAAACUUGGCGCCGCUCUUUGCGCUUACCUCGCAUGUAACAGUCUGAGCGCCUCAGCUGGCAAAGCCUGCGUCCUGCUCCCCCUCACACAUUCCACCCAUUUCUCUCUUUCUUUUCCAGUCUGAAGGAGACUCCGGGCUGAUGUGAGGGAAGCUGCCUCUGAGAUCAGAGCCCUGGGGGCCGCCGACCCUCACAACUUCACUUCUUGGUGGCGGAACUCAUUUCCCUCCGUCAUUAAAUGCUCUUCAAAGGGACAUCGCCGGCUGCCGCUGCUCCUUCUCCUUCUGAGAGCAGAUGCGCGCCGAAACGUGUGCAGAGCUCAUGAGGUUCCCUGCUCCCAGCUUCUCCCUGUGCCCCCUCCUAUGCCAGGAUCGAUGCUCUCCCCUUCCCUGCCCUAAAGCUCCGUGUCAUUAGAGUAAAUAUCUAUGCAGGAAUGUCUUCUGUGUUUGGAGGCUGCCAGUCCCCUGUAUCCAAAACAGCUAAGAAUUGAAUUUAAGAUCAUCCAAAGGAAUUGCUUAUAGAUUUGCAUCUCUUUUAUCCUUUUUUGUUUUCGACAACCACUUUUUUGGGGAGCAGCACAAAUGGAGAGGUGCUUUAAGAUCUGAUCUUUUGGGGGUGUAAACGUGACCAUGUGGAUAACACAGCUUUUAGGAAUCAGGACAAGGGACUCAACAAGAAUCUUCAGUAUUUCUAACCCAGUGCAGCAAUGCCACCAUCCUAUGUUCUUCAUUUCUUUAUCAGGCCCUCCAUUAGGAAGCCAUGCUUGGAUUUUAAUAGCCAUUUUUCAACUAGCCAUGGAUUUCAUUAUUUGUGAAUCAGAAUCCCCAGGCAAAGCUUACAAACAUUUACAGCGACCGUCACUAGUACGUAGGGUACACAAGGUUGCUUUGUGGAGUCCAACAGAAUUGCUUAAACUGAGGAACCAGAAACAUUUUUGGAAUCCUAUAAAUAAUGAACAUCCUGUUUUGCCAAUAGAAAGGAAACAUUAUAAAACAUAUCAUGAAAACUUGUUUUUUUCUAGAAAUGUGCCAUUAAAAUACUCUACCAUGAAAAACUCACAUUAUUCUUCACAACAAAUUAAACACACUGUCAAAACAACAAAUUUGAACAGGAGUAAGCGACAACUCCAAAGCAGAAGCUGGGAUAACUUGAAACGUUUUUUGGACAGCGGAAGUCAGCCAACGACAGUCUCUGAAUUUAUUUUAUGGGGACCAACAGGGGAUGAUGAUGUGGAGUCAAGCACAUUCCCUGGAAUUUAUGAGACCACAAGAACCUCUACUGUUCAUGCCAGGACAACUUUGUUGGAAACAACAACUACCACCACAGCUUCCACAACCACAAAUGUUAAAGUUACUACAUUACAAAACCCAGGGAUUCAUAAUGGAAAGAAAUCCCCUGGUAGGAUUAGCACAACUGACCCAAAUCCAGGUAAUGGAAAGACUGCAAGGCCACCAAGGAUACCCAAUGAUACUUCAGGUCUAGCGGUACACCAGAUUAUUACCAUCACUGUUUCCCUAAUCAUGGUCAUUGCAGCAUUGAUAACAACACUCGUCUUGAAAAAUUGCUGUGCACAAAGUGGAAAUGCCAGGCGUAACAGCCACCAGAGGAAGAUUAAUCAGCAAGAAGAAAGUUGUCAAAACUUGACUGACUUUACUCCAGCCAGUGUUCCCAGCAACAUGGAUAUAUUCACAGCAUACAAUGAAACCCUUCACUGUUCUCAUGAAUGCAUAAGGACACCAGUACCUGUAUACACAGAUGAGGCUUUGCACCAAACUGGAGCAUUUAAGACCACAUUCAAUGGCAAUAGACCCACUUCUUCUGAUCGGCAUCUAAUACCCGUGGCCUUUGUAUCUGAGAAAUGGUUUGAAAUCUCCUGCUGACUGGCUGAAGUCUGUUUUUCUUCCUGAGGGCAGGGCAGACGCCAUGUUUCUAUUUCCUGGAUUCCAUUAGUAAACCUGUAAAAUUCACAGGUUUCUACUCUGUUUACCAUUGGAACUCAAAAUGAAAAACUGUAUGGACAGAAAUGCUGUAUUUUUAUAAAAAAAAAAAAUAUAUGUUAACCUACAGACACUGUAAUUUUUUUCCUUAAAGAAUUUUUUUUUAAAUAAAAGAGAAAAAAAAUAACUUUCAGCCACUGAAAAGAAAUUAUUUAAUAAAGGACUGACCAUGAGAUUUUUUUGGGGUCUGGACUGUGAUUUUUGAACCUGUGCCAAUAAUACCAAUAUGUGCCAUGAAAUGAUGUGGAAGAUUUCAUUAAAAAAAAGAAGUUAGGUGAAGUAUGCUUUAAAUAAUACCAGAUAAAAGGAUUUGGUGAUCUAUUUCUGAGCAUAAACAUUGUAUAAAGGCAGUAAUUCCAUUCAUAAAUAUACAUUUUGGUGAUGUAGCAUAAUUUUAACUGUUAAUAUUUUGUUUAUAUUGCAGUUCAUUACAUUCUCAAUUUUGUGCAACAUUUUAGAUAAAAAAUCUUGCCACUGUUACUAUUUAAAAAAACAAACAAUGUUCAGAUAAUAUUCAGUGAACCCAUGAAAAAAUAUAAGUCUUUUUAUAUUACCAGUAUUUGGAAAUGAAUGUUAAAUAAAGUUAUGGCUUGCUUUUUUUAAUACUGUAAUUCUACAAAAGUAUAUGCAAUGAAAUGUGUUUAGGAGGACAUUUUUGAUGAAGGGUUGUUUUGACUUAUCUUCCACUUUUACAAUAUUAUUUGUUCAAAAAUGGAAAACUACAGUAAAUUAAUAUUACAGAGAACAGAAAAAGAGAGAGGAAGAAUAAGAUAGAGCAAACUUUUAUUACUUUUUCAAAAGACAAUUGUUCCCUAGCCAUGAAGCCAUGUAGGAUAUUGCAUCUAACUUAGGGUUACUGAAUAAUUUAAUGAGAGCUAGCUUUUAUGUAUUAUUCAUAAUAAGUAAUAGCAGUGCUGGAAGAUAACUCAUUAACCUAAUCAAAAAGACAAAUCUUUUUCAUCGAUGAAUACCUGGCAUAUGUUAUCUACAGGGAAACCCAGAAAUUAGGGAUUUUAGACAUCAUAUACUGUGAGUUUUUACUGUUACGCAAGAACACUUUUGUAUUCAUUAUAUAAUUAUAUGUAAAAUUAAAAAUAUAUUAAUAAAGCACACUUCUUAAGGCAAAACCAUACACUAUAAUUUAGUUUGUUUAGAUAAUUGUUUUUUUUGUUUUUUUUUUCAUUUUUGCCUUUGCUGACAUUAAUCGGUCUUACAGUGCAAAAUUAAUAUUUUGGUGAAACAUUUUAAUUUGUGUGUACUCUUCAACUCAUUUUUUGCAUUUGGUUGUAGAUGUAAGUGAUUGUGCAGUAACACUAUUUCAAUUCAAAUAUCACUUCUUAUUUAAUGUAAAUAUCAAGAUUACAGAUAAUGCAAAUAAAAACCUGAUAUUUCUACAGA